AUGCCUUUGGUGGAGAAAUUAAUACUUGUUGAAAUAUUUGAUGAAACACUUGAACAUUACGAAGAGUUUCGUCAGAUUAUCAAUCGAAAAUAUUUACCUUGUUUGACACAAUUUCACUUUCUUCUUCGCUUUCCUGAGCAUCUUCAUGAAGAAUUUCAACAGAGUAUUGCCAAUAGAUUUGAUAUCACAUGGCCCUUCAAUAACCUCGAUUAUCACACAGAAGAACAAGAUCUUCCUUGUUACGGUAUUUAUAAAAAAAAGACAAGAGUCAUUCUUCUCUACACUUUACCAUUGGAUAUAUUACUACAAUAUACAUGUAUAAUUUACAAUCAUUCAUUUGCACAGCAUUCAAUGCAAAUCAAUCGAGAUCGAAUUGGAUGGAAGUGUAAUGAGAUACAUAGUGUUACUCAGUUCACCGAUACCUUCAGUAAACUGACUACUGGAUAUGUAGAUACACUUGUUCUACAAUUCUGUGAAAUGAAAAAAUUUCUCCAAAACAAUCAAUCUUUUUCAACAUGGUCUUUUUUGCGUUUUCCAUGGUUACGUUCGGUGGUUUUUGACUUUCAACCUAAGGUAAUCAAGCGAUCGGAACGUGCUUACAUUAUUGAUCAAAUACUUCAAAUGUCACCUCGUCUUUUACAACUCACUGUAGAAUAG